CAAUAAAUUCUAUGCCCGCGAAAGCUCGUAAGUGUUUACUUUCCUCAACACGUCAAGUGGUUAACAUCUUUCUCAUCUCACUUCUCAUCCUUUUAGAUCUUACAAACAAACAAAAAUCCCUUCUUUAGCUGUUCUCUUCUUCCCCAUUUGCAAUUGCGCCUGCUGUUUCAGUCCCUUGCUUUUCGAAAAUUUUGGAUUUCUAAUUAUAUCUAUAUCGAAAUCACGCCACUUUCUCAGCGUUUCCUAAGCUAUUCACAUUCAAAUUCUUCCCACGCAAAAACCCUAAUUUUUGUAGCCAAAUUGUUUGUCUAGAGGUUUCUUUCUCUCCAGAAGGUCGCUUAUUGUCGAAAUUAAUUACAUUUUCAGACUAAAAUGCAUUUCCCUAGAUGAGUUUUAAAUUUUUAAGCUUGUUAAGCUCUACUUUCGAACAAUGGGUGCCUUAACCUGCAUCAGCAGGCAAGACCCAUAUUCAAAUUCUCCUGAUUUUCACAUUUCAAAAAAGCCCAGAUUGUCGUUCAUGUGUCAAGCUUCGAACCAAACCCUUGGAUCCUCCAACAGUACAGUCUCUAGAAUCUCCCGGUACCCAGCAACAACCUCAAAAUUUCGCCGGGAAGUUCAUGCACCUUGCAGAAUACUUAAGUUUGGUUUCUCCAGGUCCAACUAUACUGAUUACAGUGAAACAAAGAAAUCUAGUGCUGAUGGUAUGGGGAAUUUCCUGAGUAAACAGCUGGAUUUUGCCAGGAGAAGCGCAAUUGAUGCCUUUAGGUAUUUGCUUAAAUAUAAGCAAGUUAUUGAUGUUGACAAUGAACUUGAGCAGUCUGGGAAGGAGAUGCUAUCUGAUGAUUCCAGUAUAGAAGAAGUUGAGGCUAUUGAAGAAAAUGGAAGAGAAGGGACGUCUACGGUUUUGGACCAGAGGUCACGAGAUGGCCUUGUGUGUAAUGAGGAUGAUAAUGAUGUUAAGAUUGUGGAGGAGAGAUCUGUGGUUACCGUGGACGAGAAUGUAGGGUUGCAAAAUGCGAGGAAAAUGUUGGAUUCAUUGGUAUUGAAUGGCGAAGUGGAUGUAUCCAGUGUUGACGUGUACAAGAAAUUGUUGGAGAGUGCGGAAAGAAGGAACGGGCGAUUAAAAGCAUUGGAUUCUGAGAUUGAGUUGAAUCAAAAGAAGCUGAGCUUUUACCAGUCAACACGGCCUGUGAAGAAACUCGAAGAGAAAGCCGUGGAGGAGAUACCUCAUGAACCCUUUAUUCCGCUUACCAAGGAGGAGGAGUCCUUGGUCAAACGUGCCUUUUCACCCAACAACGGACGGAAGGUCUUGGUCACUCACAAGAAUUCAAAUAUUGAUAUCACCGGAGAAAUUUUGCAAUGCCUUGGACCAGGCGCAUGGUUAAAUGACGAGGUCAUAAAUUUGUACCUUGAGUUGCUAAAAGAAAGAGAAAAGAGAGAGCCACAGAAGUUUUUGAAAUGCCAUUUCUUCACCACUUUUUUCUACAAAAAGUUAACAAAUGGGGAGAAGAACAUCUAUGAUUAUAGAGCUGUCAGAAGAUGGACUACAGAAAGAAAGUUGGGUUACUACCUGAUUGAAUGUGAUAAAAUAUUUGUUCCUGUUCAUAGAGAGAUACAUUGGUGUUUGGCAAUUAUUAAUAAAAAGGAUCGGGAGUUCCAAUAUCUUGAUUCACUCAAAGGAAGGGACUUAAGAGUGCUAGAAAACCUGGCUAAAUACUAUGUUGAUGAAGUGAAAGACAAGAGUAAAAAAGACAUUGAUGUAAGCAAUUGGAAACGUGAAUUUCUUGAAGAACUUCCUGAACAGCAGAAUGGGUAUGACUGUGGUGUGUUCAUGAUCAAAUACGCUGAUUUUUAUAGUAGAAAUGUGGGGCUUUGUUUCAGCCAGGAUCACAUUUCUUACUUCCGCAUGAGGACAGCCAAGGAGAUCCUACAAUUAAGGGCUGACUGAUUAGAGAAGUGAACAUGCUACUAAAGUAACGUGGAAUAAUAUGCAUUUUGUUUUACUGAUUCAGAUGUGUCAUCUUUUGAGAGAUGAUUGUAAAGGAACUUGAACUCGUGCUUACUUUGUGAAUAGGGAUCUUUUUUCAACCCUUGUCAACAGUGUGGUAGAAAAGCAGUUUUGUUUUGUCUAGUUGGAUUAAUUGUUCAAGGAUUGUUCUGAUGCAGAACUCUAGGCAAGCUUGUAUACACCCGGGUCAGUGCAAGUUGGGUUCUAUUUUUUUUGUAGAGUUGAUCCUGGAGAUAAUAGGCUUUAUUUGUAACUUUUGAAGACAUGUUUCUUCUCUCCUAUGAGUGGUUCCCUGAAUGAAAUCAGAGACUGGAAUUUCUUUA